UACAAGAGAUUCUUUUUUUUUAUAAAAAAUUUGAUAAGCUCAAACAAAAUAUAAAACCAAUAGCAGUAAAAGGAAGCAGAGAGAAAUGGCGACGAAUAUAGGUAUGAUGGAUAGUGCUUACUUUGUUGGGAGAAAUGAGAUUUUAAUAUGGAUCAAUAGCGGGCUUCAGCUCAAUCUCUCUCACAUUGAAGAAGCUGCCUCUGGUGCUAUACAAUGUCAGUUGAUAGAUAUGACCUAUCCAGGAGUUGUGCCAAUGCACAAGGUGAAUUUUGAUGUAAAAACAGAAUAUGAUAUGAUCCAAAAUUACAAGCUUCUGCAAGAAGUAUUCAACAAGUUGAAAAUUGACAAGCAUAUUGAAGUCAAUAAACUUGUUAAAGGCAGACCUUUGGACAAUUUGGAGUUCUUACAAUGGCUGAAAUGGUAUUGUGAUUCUGUAAAUUGUGGAAUCAUGAAUAAGAAUUAUGAUCCUGUUGAAAGAAGACUUAAAGUUGGAAAAGACAAGAACUUGAAGGCUUCUCGCUCAAAAUCUUUGUAA